UUUUUUAAUUACAAUUUCAACACUUCGCUUGCAGCAUGAGCUGCAGCCAAGCUUUCUCCUUUAUUUAUUAAUACGAGCGACUGCACGGCAAAGGUGUGUACCAACACACACUUGCCUUUUGCCCCUUGUCUUGUGCCAUCACAUGCAAAUCCCUUUCCUUGCCUUCUAACCAUUUUCUGACGGUCCGUGUUUAUGCAAAUAGCAGCAGCAGCAGCAGCUGCAGCGGCCAUGCCUCACCUCUCUGAUUUACAAAUCUACAUUGGUCAGCAAACAUUCUUCGUCAAUGAGGAGAUUUUAUCAAAAUAUUCAUCAAGGUUGAAGAAGAUGAUCAAGGAAGAAAGGAGAAGAACCCAGAUCAAGAAUUCCAGGAUCAAAAUCGAUGACUUUCCGGGAGGCCCUGACGGGUUCGAGUUAGUUUCUCGAUUCUGUUACGACAACGGCAGAAUCAAACUCACGGUUUCAAACGUGUGCCUACUCCACUGCUCUGCAAUCUUCCUUGGCAUGACCGAAAAGCUUUCGCCCCGCAAUUUGUUGCAGAAAACAAGUCAUUUUCUUGAGGGACUUUUCGAGUGGUCGUUCAAAGACGUACUAGUCUGCCUCAAGAGCUGCCUCUCGUUCUUCGACCACGCAGACUCGUCCGGUCUUUUAGACAAACUCAUUACUGCACUGCUUGCAAAGAUCGCUCAGAAUUCUGACGUGAGCAACCUCAUUGACACGUCGCCUUCGUCUUCGUCUUCUCCGGAAACUGCAUCUGGGUUCAGACUCUCUUCCACCCCGGAAUCCAUCAGGCCGAGCUCGUCCAGCAGAGCGUGGUGGUUCGAUGACGUGGCCCUUCUGCCCCCAAAUAUCAUUGAGAAACUCCUCCAGAUUUUAGGUGCUUACGGACCCGAAAACAACAGCUUGAUCCUCACCAGAUUCCUCCUCCACUACCUGAAAAUAUCUGCCCAGAAAAAACCCGGGAACUCGAAAUGCGAGCUCGGAGGGCUCGCCGACACGGCGGUUCACGGCGUGAUCUUGGUGGGCAAAAAGGUCUUUUCGUGCAGAGCUCUGUUCUGGGUUCUGAGGAUUGUGUCUGGAUUUGGAAUUAGCAAAGAGUACAAAGUCGGGUUGGAGAGAUUGAUUGGUGGGAUGAUCGAUGAAGCCACGCUGGAUGAUUUGCUGGUGUCGGGCCACGACAGGGGAGUUUAUGAUGUUAAUCUCGUGAUUAGGAUGUUAAAAGUGUUUGUUAAUGGUGAGGGAGUUUCAGUGCAGAGGUUGAAGAAAGCUGGGAGGUUGGUUGAUAAGUACUUGGGUGAAAUAUCACCUGAUCAGAAUCUCAAGAUUUCUAAGUUUCUGGGAGUUGCAGAGAGCUUGCCUGAUUCUGCCAGGGACUGCUUUGAUUGGGUCUACAGAGCCAUUGAUAUCUAUCUUGAGGCUCAUCCAAAUCUUUCGUUCGAAGAGCGGUCGAGAUUAUGCAGAUGCUUGAAUUAUGAGAAGCUGAGCUUAGAAACAUGUAAAGAGCUUGCCAAGAAUCCUAAAAUCCCACCAAGGGUUGCUAUUCAAGCGCUUAUUUCUCAAAACUCCAAAAUAACACCACCACCACCACCUACACCGCGAAAACUAGUUGUAAAUCAGAGUCAGCAUUUCUGUUCCGAUAUUGUUUUGUACAAGGACGGGGGUGCGGGAGAAGAGAGCUCGGCGGAAGAGGAUUCGAUGUCGUUAGACUUGCAGAGGAUGCAAUGGAGGGUGGUGGAGUUGGAGAAACUGUGCAGGCAAAUGAAGGGGCAAAUGUCAAGGAUGGUAAAACACAAUGUCUUGACUGCCACUCCAACUCACAGCAGAGCUCUGCCUAGACUUUGUUGAAUUUUCAUGUUUCAAAUAUUACUGAGGGUAAAAUCGUACAAGUGUAAUUACUUUUGGUGUAUUCUCCUUUUAUUUUUCAUAUGGAGAUCAAAAUGUAAUUGGGGUUAUUGCUUGUAAUUAUAUCACCACCUGAUAAAAAUAAGGUUAUUUCA